GCCAUUUUUAGAAUACGUCCGAAAGGCCAAUGUUUGCGCAAUUUGAACUUUACUCUGGAGGCUGGGUUCACGCAGAGAAGCGCGUUAAGCAUCGCCGGUCUCAAGGUGGUUGCAUUCCAUGCCGAAAUCGACGGAAGAAAUGCGAUGAAUGUCGCCCAACCUGCGGUAGCUGUUCCAACCGUCGAGUUACUUGUAGCUGGCGCAGCAGUAAUGAGCGCCGUAACCAGAAGCUCGAUGUUCGGGCUGGCGAGAGGAGUAGUGUGAGUCCUCAGUUAGAUGAUAGCUCUCAUGGCGAGACCAGCGGACCUAGCACACCGAGUACCCUUGGUGAGGAGUUGAUCUUACGAAACGGAUGCCGCCUGUCUUCCCCAAUACAUGACCAGGCCCUCAUCAGCAACACAGGGGCCUUCAACGAAUGCUUCCAAGGCCUGCCCUCAUGCUCAAUGACAGGAUUGCUAGAGGUUCUCGACCAAGCUACAUCAAGGCUUGAUCGAGGCCGGGAGUUCUCGAUGCUUGCUGAAGGAUUUGAAGCUCUAGUCAACUCCCGCAGUAUGCUUCAUGCAUGGCUCGCAUGUUCAGCAAUUAUAAUCUCGCAGUUUCAACCAAGCUGGCGAAUACACGCCCUCCAACAACACAGCGACGCGCUGAAGCAACUGCGCCUGAGCACAAGGAGUGAGAGGAGUCUUACACAGGAUUCCAAUAUCGCGACCGUGCUGUUGCUGCAUGUUUUUGAGAGAUUUGAGAACUCCGCUACUGAUUCUCUAACCUAUCUCUCAGUCACGGCGCCACUAUGUCUCGCACUUGAUCAACCGCCUCAGAACACCCAUCAAGCUCUGGUGUUGGAGACCCUGGUUUAUCAUGUAGCCAUAAACGGUGUAUUUCGUCCAAGCUAUCUACGCAAUUACCAUGAUCUUUCGAAGAUUAUAAGCCUAUGGUCCAAAUCACCAUUUCUGGAGUCAGACACCAGCUGUCGUGGAUUUGUGAAGGCAGGGUUAUCUGCGUGGCUUCCCAUCGAGCUCUUCGAUAUCCUGUUCAAGGUCUCCUAUCUGCUACAUCAUCGGCUCAGCGUGGCCUCUGAUUACAUGCAAUUCAGACUGCAGGAGCUGAGGAGCAGACUGCACGAGAGCCAAGUUGGACUGGGCAACAUCGAACAAAUAGAGCCAACGGCAACGGCCACCAAUCAGGAACUUUCAAGCACCAACCAUGAUACUGAGAGUUUCCAUAUCAGACGGGUCUAUUCACUGGCUAUCGAACUUCUAAUCACCAAACUCGAAAACCCAUUUCUGGGCGCUGGAGAGCCUUCAGUCAUAAGCCUCUGCGAAACAGCACUUCAUCAUCUCGCCAGGGUGCGAUCCGACUUCACAAGCCUGCUUUGGGCUAUUACUGUUCUUGGCACCGGUAUGACAACGACCAAAAGUCAAGAUCUCAUUAUUCUACAUGUUGAGGCCAUGAAUCACUUUGCUGGCGGCAGGGCAGUGCGAUCCGUCGUAGAGUUUCUUUUAUGUGCCUGGAGACCAAGACCUAUGGAUCUUUUUGCGCCUGUUGCUGGAGUUUUGACAGAACAGAACCCUGCAGUGGCUGAUAGAGAGAAGACUUCCUCGUUGGGGCUCGACAUCCUGUUCGAAGAGUCUCUGCUCAAAACGGUGAUUCUGUAGGAAAAGGGAGACUACUCGGUAUGAACAGUGUACUCGUCUUGUAUGAAUAUAAUUGUUAGAAAGCGUGAUGAAUUGUG